UUGCUACUUUAGGGCUGUACAUGGAACUUUUAAUAAUGGUACCUCAGUUACGAUCAAAGCAAAAAUAGUUGUUUUGUGGAGUUGUAUAAGAUGCAUAAAAUAUAAACAAUAUUUUCAGCUAAUUUUUGUCUACAUUAUUUCAUACAAAUGUGAAAGUCUUAGACCUUCAUCAAUAUCAAAUAUGAAAGACAAGGACGUUGAAAAUGAAAUAGUCAAAGCAAAAGGAUAUCUAAAGCAAUCCGACGACUCCAGCAAUUUGUAUGAUUGCUUGUCUGGACUGAUUGGGAAUGCAUUAACUGAGAGACCCAAGGAUGCUGCAGACCUUCUUGAAAAUUAUAUAAAUGUAACAACAAAGGUGAAACCGGAGGUUAUUGAGGACGAAGAAAUAUCAAAACUUCAUGUGGCUAAAAAACAGGUCAAGUUAUUUGAAAAAGCUAAUGAUGAUGAGUACAUGGAAGGCAGAGAAAACGAGGAGGAAUUUGAAAUUCCCUUACCAAACUGCUUGCAACUUGCUUUUUUCUUUGAACAAGCUGGUAUCGGUUUAUCUAGAGAGGAAAUGCUUAAGAUAUUUCUUUCAUUGAAAGAACUUGUGCUCAACUUUCCACUGAACAGUAUUCGGUUUUGGGGUAAACUAUUUGGUACUGAGGCGAACUAUUACAUUGUUGAGGUUGAAUAUCGAGAUGGGGAAGGAGAGGAAGAAGAGAAUGCCGUAGUAUCUUCUAAAAAGUGUAAACCUAAAAUAUUGCAAUUUAAAAAGCCAUCUUCUUGUAAUAUAGAGCGUUGCGUGAAAUGUGGGCUAAGAAAACAAAAAUUUAAAAAUAACGAUCAUAAAGAAUUGGAUGAAGAACCUCCAGUUGAACAACCUCUAAAAGAAGAGGAAGAAGAAGAAGACAGUCCCAAAGAGGAAGAUAUUUUACCAAAAUCGUCAUGGAAACCUCCCCCUGCCAUACCAAAAGAAGAUCAUCACACUGGCGCCAACAAAAAAGUGUACUUUGUGUGUGGGGAACCUGGGGAAGCGUGGAUAAAAUUGCCACAUGUUACACCUGAAGAAAUAACGGCAGCCCGUCAAAUUACAAAACUGUUGACAGGAAAAUUAGAUGCAGAGAUCACUUCUUAUCCACCUUUUCCUGGAAAAGAAAUUAAUUAUCUACGCGCACAAAUCGCUCGCAUCUCAUCAUCAACGCAGAUUAGUCCGAUGGGGUUUUUUAUGUUUGAUGAUGAAGAGGAGGAAGAGGAGGAAGAGGAAGCUUACAUGGAAAAUUACAUGGAAAAUCUGGAUUUCGAGGGUUUAUCACUUCGUGAAUUGACAGACCCCUCUAUGUCUGGUUGGGUUCAUCACACGCAACACAUCCUCUCACAAGGACGUUGUUCCUGGUUGAAUCCAUUUGAAAAACCUGAAGAUGACUUCGAAGAAGAAGAGUUUGACGAAGAAGAAGAAGAAAAUGAUGACAAUAUUAAGCCUGAAACAGGACCUCGUCUCUUGUCGUCUGUUGCUGACGAAACAACGAUCAAGACAAUCCCACCAUGGACAACUUACGUGUCAUCUAGGGUACUACCAGAAUAUGCUGUAGCAGUUGCUAGAUCCAAUCGUUGGCCUGGAGCUUAUGCGUUUGCACGUGGAAAAAUAUACGAGAACCUUUACAUCGGAUGGGGUCAAAAAUAUACAGGACAAAGUUACGCUCCCCCGUCUCCACCGCCUGCUUUAGAGGAGUACCCUGAUGGUCCGGAGAUAACGGAAAUGGACGACCCAACAGUGGAGGAAGAAAAAGCAUUGAAGGAGAGAGAGGAAGAAGCAUUGAAAGAAGAGGAAGAUUUAGAAAAUUUCGAUGAUGAGGACGAUGAUGAUGAUUAAAGAGGAGGAUUAUUUUAGAAUGAAUGAGUUGUGUACAGUUUUAACUUAAUUGAUUGUAUAUUUCUUAAAAUUAAUAUAUUAAUGACAAAUAAUCA